GCGGGACCGGCGGGACGGGCCGGGCCGGGCCGGGCGGACCUCGCGCACCCACCGGGGCUGCCCGCGGCGGCGGCGGCGGCGCGCGGAGCGGAGCCGGCGGGUUCUGGCUGUCCUAACCCCAUUACUGCUCUGCUACUCUUAGAGUGUCACCUUCUCCCAGUAUCUGUGCUUGGCCAUCAGACACUAUGAGGAGACUGGCUUUUCGAGGUGCUGGUUCUACUCUGAAGAAGUUGGAUUCCAUGGGUUCCAAGAGGCGAAGAGCUACCUCACCUUCCAGCAGCGUCAGCGGAGGAGACUUCGACGAUGCCCAUCACUCCACAAACACACCAGGCCCAAGCAGGAAAAGGAGGAGACUUUCCAAUCUCCCAACCGUAGAUCCUAUUGCUGUAUGCCAUGAGCUCUACAACACCAUCCGGGAUUACAAGGAUGAGCAGGGCAGGCUCCUCUGCGAGCUCUUCAUCAGGGCACCGAAGCGAAGGAAUCAGCCAGAUUAUUAUGAAGUGGUCUCUCAGCCAAUUGAUUUAAUGAAAAUCCAACAAAAGCUAAAGAUGGAGGAAUAUGAUGAUGUGAACGUGCUGACUGCUGAUUUCCAGCUUCUCUUCAACAACGCAAAGGCUUACUAUAAGCCCGAUUCUCCUGAGUAUAAAGCUGCCUGCAAGCUCUGGGAGCUCUACCUGCGCACAAAAAACGAGUUUGUGCAGAAAGGUGAUGCUGAGGAGGAAGAUGAUGACGAGGAAGGGCACGACAAUCAAGCAAAUUCGGAAUUGUCAUCUCCAGGUUACCUGAAGGAAAUUCUUGAACAGCUUCUUGAAGCUGUAGCUGUUGCCACAAACCCAUCAGGGCGCCUCAUAAGUGAACUGUUUCAGAAACUUCCCUCUAAAGUGCAAUAUCCAGAUUAUUAUGCAAUAAUAAAGGAACCCAUAGAUCUCAAAACUAUUGCCCAAAGGAUACAGAAUGGAACUUACAAAAGCAUUCAUGCAAUGGCCAAGGACAUAGAUCUUCUGGCAAAGAAUGCCAAAACCUACAAUGAGCCUGGAUCACAAGUAUUCAAGGAUGCAAAUGCUAUUAAAAAGAUAUUUAACAUGAAAAAGGCUGAAAUUGAACACAGUGAGUUGGCCAAGUCAAGCCUCCGAAUCAGGACUGCAUCAAAUUUGGCUGCUUCCAAGCUGACAGGUCCUUCCUCACAGGGUAAAGGCAGUGUUGGGGAUGAGAGAAAUUCUUCUAACAAAUAUUAUCGUAACAAAAGAUCAGCCCAAGGGGAUCGUUUAUCAGCAAUAACCAUGGCACUGCAAUAUGGAUCCGAAAGUGAUGAGGAUGCAGCUUUGGCAGCUGCUGCUCGCUAUGAGGAGGGGGAGUCUGAAGCUGAGAGCAUCACCUCCUUCAUGGACACCUCUAAUCCUCUUUAUCAGCUUUACGACACAGUCAGGAGUUGCCGAAAUAAUCAGGGCCAGCUCAUCUCUGAACCCUUUUUCCACUUGCCCUCCAAGAAAAAAUAUCCGGAUUAUUAUCAGCAAAUUAAAACGCCGAUUUCACUGCAGCAGAUCAGAACCAAGCUGAAGAACCACGAAUAUGAAACUUUAGAUCAGCUGGAGGCUGAUCUGAAUUUGAUGUUUGAAAAUGCCAAGCGCUACAAUGUUCCCAAUUCUGCCAUCUAUAAAAGAGUCCUGAAAAUGCAGCAGGUUAUGCAGGCAAAGAAGAAGGAGCUUGCUCGGAGAGAUGACAUUGAGGAUGGGGACAGUAUGAUUUCUUCGGCUACGUCUGAUACUGGAAGCUCCAAAAGGAAAAGUAAGAAGAACAUACGAAAGCAGCGGAUGAAGAUCUUGUACAACGCAGUGCUGGAAGCGCGAGAGCCGGGCACGGGCAGGCGGCUCUGUGACCUGUUCAUGGUCAAGCCAUCCAAAAAGGACUAUCCAGACUAUUACAAAAUCAUCCUGGAGCCAAUGGACCUGAAGAUGAUCGAGCACAACAUCCGCAACGACAAGUACGCGGCGGAGGAGGCCAUGAUUGAGGACAUGAAGCUCAUGUUCCGCAACGCGAGGCAUUACAACGAGGAGGGCUCCCAGGUGUACAAUGAUGCCCAUAUGCUGGAAAAGAUCCUUAAAGAGAAAAGGAAAGAGCUGGGACCCUUGGCUGAAGACGAUGACGUGGCAUCCCCUAAACUAAAGCUAAGUAGAAAAAGUGGCAUUUCUCCCAAAAAAUCGAAGUACAUGACUCCGAUGCAGCAGAAGCUGAACGAGGUGUACGAGGCGGUGAAGAACUACACGGACAAGCGCGGCCGGCGGCUCAGCGCCAUCUUCCUGAGGCUGCCGUCCCGCUCCGAGCUCCCGGACUAUUACGUGACCAUCAAAAAGCCCGUGGACAUGGAAAAGAUCAGGAGCCACAUGAUGGCAAAUAAGUACCAGGAUAUCGACUCCAUGGUGGAGGACUUCGUGAUGAUGUUCAACAACGCCUGCACGUACAACGAGCCGGAGUCUUUGAUCUAUAAAGAUGCCCUGGUCCUGCACAAAGUUCUGCUUGAAACUCGGAGAGAAAUAGAAGGAGAUGAGGAUUCUCACGUGCCCAAUGUCACUUUGCUAAUUCAAGAACUCAUCCACAACCUUUUUGUAUCUGUUAUGAGCCACCAGGAUGAUGAGGGCAGAUGCUACAGCGACUCCUUAGCUGAGAUUCCUGCUGUCGAUCCCAACUUCCCAAAUAAACCUCUGACUUUUGAUAUUAUCCGAAAAAAUGUUGAAAAUAAUCGCUAUAGGAGACUGGAUUUGUUCCAGGAGAAUAUGUUUGAGGUCCUGGAGCGAGCAAGGAGAAUGAAUAGGACUGAUUCGGAGAUUUAUGAGGAUGCAGUUGAACUUCAGCAGUUCUUUAUUAAAAUUCGAGAUGAGCUGUGUAAGAAUGGAGAGAUUCUUCUGUCACCUGCUCUCAGCUACACCACCAAGCAUCUUCACAACGAUGUAGAAAAGGAAAAGAAGGAGAAGCUGCCCAAAGAAAUAGAGGAGGAUAAACUCAAAAGGGAGGAGGAGAAGAGAGAAGCUGAAAAGAGUGAAGACUCCUCUGGCUCAGCUGGGCUGUCCAGUUUGCAUCGGACCUACAGCCAGGACUGCAGCUUCAAGAACAGCAUGUACCACGUGGGGGAUUAUGUGUAUGUGGAGCCUGCAGAGGCCAACCUGCAACCCCACAUCGUCUGCAUCGAGCGGCUCUGGGAGGAUUCAGCUGGAGAGAAGUGGCUCUAUGGCUGUUGGUUUUACCGACCAAAUGAAACGUUCCAUCUCGCAACACGAAAAUUCUUGGAGAAAGAAGUUUUUAAAAGUGACUAUUACAAUAAAGUUCCCGUUAACAAAAUUUUAGGCAAAUGUGUGGUCAUGUUUGUCAAGGAAUACUUUAAACUGUGCCCUGAAAACUUCCGGGAUGAGGAUGUCUACGUGUGCGAGUCCCGCUACUCUGCCAAGACAAAGUCUUUCAAGAAGAUCAAGCUGUGGACCAUGCCCGUGAGCUCGGUCAGGUUCGUCCCUCGAGACGUGCCCCUGCCCGUGGUCCGUGUUGCUUCUGUGUUUGCUAAUCCAGACAAAGUAGAUGAGGAGAAACACAGUGAAACACUGGAGGACAGCAAGGUGGGAGAGAGUGUCAUUCAUCUUGAAAAGGAGAAAGAAGAUGUUCCAGUAGAAAUGUCCAAUGGAGAACCUGGCUGCCAUUACUUUGAGCAGCUCUGCUACAACGAAAUGUGGCUUAAAGUUGGGGACUGUGUCUUCAUAAAAUCCCACGGGCUGGUGCGGCCUCGAGUGGGAAGGAUUGAAAAGAUGUGGGUGCGAGAUGGAGCCGCAUAUUUCUUUGGUCCAAUCUUCAUCCAUCCUGAGGAAACGGAGCACGAACCAACCAAGAUGUUCUACAAGAAGGAAGUGUUUUUGAGUAACUUGGAGGAGACCUGUCCAAUGACUUGCAUUUUGGGAAAGUGUGUCGUUCUGUCAUUCAAAGACUUCCUCUCCUGCAGACCAACAGAAAUCUCCGAAAACGACGUUUUUCUCUGCGAGAGCCGCUACAACGAGAGCGACAAACAGAUGAAGAAAUUCAAAGGGCUGAAGAGGUUUUCCCUCUCUGCGAAAGUUGUAGAUGAUGAGAUAUACUAUUUUAGAAAACCCAUAGUUCCUCAGAAGGAACCAUCUCCUCUACUGGAAAAGAAGAUUCAGCAGCUGGAAGCAAAAUUUGCUGAGUUGGAAGGAGGUGAUGAGGACAUGGAAGAGAUGGGAGAAGAGGAGGCUGAUAUGACUGAAACACCGUCUAUGCCUCAGCUUCAGGCCCCAUUAGCCAGUGACCUGGAUAUAAUGCCUUAUACUCCUCCCCAGUCCACUCCCAAGUCUGUUAAGGGCGGCACCAAGAAGGAGGGAUCCAAAAGGAAGAUCAACAUGAGUGGGUACAUCUUAUUUAGCAGCGAGAUGAGAGCUGUGAUUAAAGCUCAGCACCCAGACUACUCCUUUGGAGAGCUCAGCAGGCUUGUAGGAACUGAGUGGAGAAACUUGGAAGCAACAAAGAAAGCAGAAUAUGAAGGCAUGAUAAGUGGCUAUCCACCGGUGCUGCCACCUUUGCAGGGCCCAGUUGAUGGCAUUGUUAGCAUGGGCAGCAUGCAGCCACUUCACCCAGGGGUGCCCCCACCCCACCAACUUCCGCCAGGUAUGCCAGGCAUCCCAGGCAUCCCACCACCCGGUGUUAUAGGCCAAAAUGUGUCCCCCAUGGUAGGCACUCCAGCACCAGGAGCAAGUCCUUUUGGACAGCAGAUAGGAAUCCUUGGCCCCCCAGGCCAGCAGGCGCCCCCUCCGUACCCCGGGCAGAGCCCGGCGGCUGCGCCGGUCAUGCAGCAGCCCACGACCCCCAUGUUCGUCUCCCCCCCACCAAAGACACAGAGGCUGCUCCAUUCCGAAGCCUACCUGAAAUACAUCGAGGGCCUCAGUGCCGAGUCAAACAGCAUCAGCAAGUGGGACCAGACCCUGGCAGCACGAAGACGAGACGUCCACUUGUCCAAGGAGCAGGAGAGCCGGCUCCCUUCCCACUGGCUGAAGAGCAAAGGGGCUCACACCACCAUGGCCGAUGCCUUGUGGCGCCUGCGAGACUUGAUGCUGCGGGACACCCUCAACAUCCGCCAGGCCUACAACAUCGAGCACGUGUAGGCACAGCAGGGCUGCCCUCCCGGCACCACGGAGCUCUGUGGGACAAUAGCUGGUUUAGUUACUGGGUGGGAAGAGAUAACCAACAAUAAUUUGUAUUGCAUUUUACUGUACAUUGCAAGACCAUUUUUAUAUAAGGACACUUUUAAUAAGCAUAUUUCACUUUUUGUUAUAUUAAGUUGACUUUAUCAAAUACACAGAUUUUUGCAUAUUGUUUCCUUUGUUUGAAAGGCGAUUUCAUAAUUGGUUAAGUGUAGUCAAGGAUUCAUUUUUCUUAUACUUUAUUGCUGAGAAUCUGAUGCCAUUGUUUUUAUAGAAAAAAAAAAAGGAAAACAAAGUAUUUACAGAUUGAUACAGUGGAAUGUGAAUUAGUCAUAGUUUACAUCUUAGAAGAAUGUGUGUACCUGUGCUUGUGUGUGCUUGCCACUUCCAGCAGAACUCUCGCUCGGAUGGGAACAGGGAGGAUCUCUUAAAGGAAGCUGAAGGUAAGAGGUGCUUUGGCACUCAGGAAAGUUGGAUUUCAAGUCAACACUGAGGCCGAGUGGGCCCAGCAGCCGUGGAAGUGCUCGUGUGGGCAGGACAAGGGUGUCUUGACCGCUCAUGUUGUCCAGUCCUGUCCAGUUUUAACUGUGUAGCCAAAGCCAUUGUGAUCCUAAAUCGAUCCCAGGACACCUGUGCUGGCAUGUCCUUCGAGGGGAAGUGUUUCAUCUCCCGUGACCUGCACUGGGGGUUCCGUGCUGCCCCUCACACCCAGCAGUGGGGUGGGGGAGCUCCUGCCCUCCCCUGAGUGAUUCUGGCUGCGCUGGGAGGGGCAGCGCAGAACCUGCAACCAGCUCAGGCCUCGGGAGGUAACUUAGGGGAGAAAAGCUGAGUUGUUUUGUUAGUGAUGUUACGUGAUGUUUUCUUAAAUUCACACGUAUUCUGUUCGUGAUUGGGCAUUGUAAGACAUUUUUUUGUAUGCUUUCUUUAAGUGUAUUCAUUGACCUUAAUGAAAGUUUUGCAAUGCAACUUUGAGUGAAAUUUGAUGCUUAAAUUAACUUGAAAGUGAAAUACUGCUGUAUGGUAUGGUAUGUGUAAGGUCAGCAUACCAAGUGUGUUGGAGAAAUAGAGCAAUAGAGUACUUGUAUUGCAGUCUUCUGAGGGUUUGGGGUCUUUUUCUUUUUUUUUUUUUAAAUCUAAGUAAAGUAGAUAUUGACUCUUCUUGCCAAAUUUCAGCGUUGUGGCUGCCUUCUGCUAAAGACUUACCUGUCCUCAUAACUAACCGACCUUUUGGACUGCAGAGUUAUUUUUUUUAAAGGUAAAUCCUUUAUUUAAUUUUAGAAAAAGAAUUAAUACUUUUGGAUUGCAUUAAGUAACUGGGAAAGCUCUUAAGAACUUGAAAAAAAAAAAAAAGUUGGCAGGAAUGUGGGCAUUGCAACUCAGCCCAAAAGAACUGAUUUAUUGAUACUCUUCAUUUACUGCUAGAGUUGUUCAUCAUGUGGAAAUGAGCUUUAAAGUCUAGCAGUACAAAACAUUUUCCUUUCAGUAUGUUUGGCAGAAGGUUAAAUAUUUUUUUUCAAAUACUGGAUAUCUUGGGGUUUGUUUUGCUGAUGUAAUUAAUACUGAUGAGGGAAGCGACACUUGCAGGUAUAAGCUAUGAUUUCAUUUUACUGGCCAAUUCUUUUCCCUCUCCUAUUGCAAACCUCCAGUCAUUGCACAAAACCCCCCUUGUAAUUACAAAUAGGCACUUAAGGACAGUUUAGGUCAGAUGUGCAAUGGAUGGGAAGGAAAUGGAGCAAAACAGCACGGAGGGAAACGACAGUUUGGAACUCUACAAGUAGCACACCCACGGUACAGAAAUAUUUACUGGCCUUUGUAAAUGACCCAUUUUAUUUAAUAAAGUAGAAGCUGAAUAGUCUUAGACCACCCCCAUACAUACAGUACCAUUUCUAAAUGUGUUUAAGUUACCAUAGGUUUGGCAGUUUUUGGCCACAAAGACGGGACGUUGAAGCGAAUCAGGCAGCAAAUCCUAGUUUUUGAGCAUUUGGAACUAUCAUGGAUUGUACUAAUAACACACCACCAGAUUCUCCUACUUCUCAGCAUUAACAAAAAUUACACCAAAGAACCUGGGAUGGAUUUUAAUUAAAUUAUUGUUUUAUUUAUUUUCUUUCGAGGACUGGAUGGGACUCCCUGUGGAGCCUGUAUAACUGAGAUGUUUAAUUUAUCUGAAGGUCAGUGAGGAGCAGAUGUGCAGCACUGGCUCUCUCCUGCCGAGCAGCUGAACCCCUCCUUUCGCUGCUCUUCCUGGCCCAGGAGCAAGAGAUUGGAAGUGCAAACAAAACCUGGGUCCUCCCACAAGGCAGUGCAGAGCACUACCACUAAGCCACUGGGCUGGCCCUGAUCAAUUAUUUUAAGCCUUAUUUAUUUCAAAAUCGUCUCUCUCUCUCUCUAUUGGAGGCAUUUCAGUCGAUUGCAGUGGAAUUUAGGAUAUAAUGGCUACAGUCUAGAAUUCAAAACCAGCAAAAGAAACUUUUCUCACUCUGGUUUAAAAGAAAAAAAAAAAAAAAGACAUGUCUGUCUGUCUCUUUCUCUCUCUUUGUGGGUGUUUGAACCCCUCAUCUGUUUUUCACUGCCGUUCAUUGUACUGGCGUAAACAAAACUUUCAUAUUAAAAUAAAAGUAUGUGUGGGCAAUGGUUGGCUUCUGUGAGAGUGGGAAAUAGAUUCAACUAGGACCGGUAUUUUCAUAAACCAGUUGGAGACAACUAAUAAUUGUUUGUUCUCUUCCUCAGUCCUUCCCUUCCAUGAGAAAAUUUACUGUUUGUGUAAAAAUUCAAAGCGUUGAUGUUGGUGACCUUUUUUCAGCAUAUGUUUUUCAGACCUGGUUUAUCCAUGCUUGGCUUUUCAUUAGACCUUGUACUCCUGAGGGCUGAGCUGCUGACCAGGUUUAUAACAUGUAUGUACCAUCACUUUGUUUACCUGAGUCUUUUUAAUUUGAAUAAAAAUAGUUUGCAAAGUGUUUUGGAUUAA